GUUGUAGGAGAGGAUCCAUGCUACUCUGUGAGUGAAGUGAUUUGCCAACAAUGUUUUGUUUUAUUAGACCGGUUAGAUGCAUAUCAGGCCAGAGCUGCCGAAAUUCAUUCACAUCUGACAUCAAGGUACAGGGACACAAAACUAGAGUUGCUGGGUCAGCGGAAACGUAUGAGUGAACUUAUUGCUUCCUCAUUAUCAAAUGUUCAGGAGCUUAGACAUGGAACAACCCUAAAUGUGAGUGAUGAAUUAACAAUCACAGUUGUUCAUGAGGCCUUGCCCAAAAAGGGUAGGAAACAUUUAUGGACUAGGAAAAUGGGUCUUUCUUUAGGCCACCUUAAGGUUAAAACCAGAAAAUCGAUACACUGCUCGGAGAGACCGCCUCAUCUUGUUAAUGAAGUGAAAGACAACAGUGAUGACGAUGAUUAUGCCAGUGAUGGUGAUGAUGACAGUGUUAGUGACGCUGAUGAGGAAAAGGGAGAUGACGUGGACAAUGCUGAGGAAGAGGAGGAGGAGAUGAUGAGAAGAGGAAGAUGUGAACAUUUGUCAGAUGCAGAUGAUGAUGAUGGUGAUGCACAGUCACAGAGACCAGAAUCAUCUUUAAGUCAGAAAUCUAAGGAUACCACAACAGAGUCUCAGCCAGUGAAUGUUAAACAUGAAGUUGAAGUCAAGGAAGAGCCAGCUGAAGAGCAGAUGGGCGUGAAAGAGGAUAAUAUCAGCCAGCUACAACUUCCUGCAGGAGUUGCAGUUCCACCUCAAGUAGCAGAAGCUAUGCUUAUGCAGAGUCCUCUUGCUACAUCACUGUUGCAGUCAUUCCUAGCAACUUCUUUGUGGUUUGGUUCUCCAGAGACUACAAACAAAAAAGUGGGCAGCCAAUCAAAAUUGAAACAGGAGCAGCAGGUUCCAGAUGAUGUAACAAGGGAGAUGCUUGCAUUUGCGGCAGGCUCUACAAAGGAUAAAAAGAAACGCCAGGAACUGAAAAAUACAGGGCAAAGUUAUAUAAAUACCAAAGGAAAGCUUGUGAAUGCUAAGCGUGUGUGGCCCCAAGAUUGUAGUAGAUGUCCACUUAAAUGCAACGCUCGCAUCAGUGAAGAAGAUCGUCAGAAGAUAUUUGCAGAAUACUGGGGCCUGGCAGAUUAUAACCUCCAGAGAGAAUAUCUUGCAGCUCACAUGCAGCGUGAAGAAAAACUCGGUCCAAGCGGCCUCUUACGUACUGUGAUACUAUAUUUUCUUACCCAAGGAAAAGACAAGAAACUGCAGGUAUGUAGGCAGUUCUUCUUGAAGACAUUAGAUGUCUCAGAGAAAGCCUCAAGAAUAGUUCUUGAGAAGAUGGUGCGGGGUGAGCUGGGUAGCGACAGUGGAGCCACAUCUCCCCUAGGUAUAAUCCGUCCAUUAUCUGCACAGGGAGAGACGCAAGAAUCUGCUAAAGAAAAUGAAACUAGCAACAUGAGUAAUGAUGAUUGCGAAGUAAAAAGUGAAGGCUCUUCAUGAGCUCUGUUGGGGACUUAAAGAGUUGAUAUAUUGGACCAUUUAUAAAAAGAAAAUAUUUUUACAGAAUAGGAAUGUAUCUAUUGUAUUAUUCCCUUUAUUUGGUUGUAAGAAAGGUAUUUAAAAUUUAGUUUUAGGUUUGUAGUACCUAAAAUUAUACUUGUUUCAUGUAGUGUACAUGCAUAACUUUCAAGCUAUAAAGAUCUGAGAAAAUGUCAGUUUUUGCAUACAUUUUAAAAAUUUUCACUUAGUAUUGAUGUUUUACACUUUUUUCCUCCAAACCUGAAAAGAAUGAGAAUAAUGGAGAAGUGCUUAAGCUAUAAAUUAAGUAACUAUUUUCAGCAUUAGGAACCUUGUUGCUUCUUUUUCUAUAUUUUUUUGCUUUAAUUCCCAUCUCUAUAUCUCAGUCCUUCCAGCAUCAUUUGUACUUUGUUGCAAUUCACAUUUGCAAGUUUUACCCAAUUGUGAAAGAUUAUUACCUAAAUGCACCCUCUUUUGUGGGAGUAAUGGAACCGAGAUCAAAUGUAACCAGAGCAAUAAUUGAUAAGGUAGUCAUAUGACUGGUGUAAACUAGUGCACAGUAGCAGGCAUGUAGAACCUUAUUGCGUGAGUAGAGAGAGCUCAUAAUUGCUUCCAUAUGAAUUGAUAUUUUUGCAUUAAAAAAAUAAUAAUCCUUUUUUAGUUAUGGUUUGCCAUUCCUCCCAUGUUCAGUUAGAUUCUCGUAGCGGUUUAAUUUCUCUUGACAUCCAUUUUCGACUACUGGAUUACUAUAAAACUUUAAGGAAGGUCUAUCAAGAAGUUGUGGACAUGGACAUGAAAAUUUAUUUCAUAAAGUUUAGGUAUGAUUUGCUUUUGUUUACAUGGUGUUUUGGAAGCAGCCAUGAUACACUGUAUAUACAUUUUUUCCCGGAGUAUGUUUAUGAAGAUUUUUUAUUUAUGGCGUGAGAGAAUCAUUCAUAGCAGUUCAAUAUGUUUAUUGCUGUUGCUCAUGAUGUAGUUAAGUAUUGUUGUGGAAUUGAUGAUAAGAGGGUUAAGAGAAUAGCAGAUCUUCCCUAACUGUAGAAUAUUAAAUAAAUAUACAGCAGUUAUUUGAUUUCCUAAUAGUUCCAUUGUUUUAAGCUUGUGGCCAUUACCUGUGCUAGUUGCAAACAAGGUUGAAAUAUAGUAAAAAAUUUGUAUGUAGAAAGGCACCCAUAUCAUUUCUUUUGGGGGUAUAGAUGAAAUAUUAAUUAGAUUAUCAGUCCCUGUAGGGAUCCCAAAUACUGAAUGGUUGAUACCCUAUAAUUAUUGAUUUUGUAUAAAAAACUAUUCCAUAAUCUGUUUGUGAAAUUCUUUUAAUCCAUUUCUGUUCAGUGAAUGUACUGUUUAUAUACUUUAAUUUUUUAUUCAGCAUAUAUACUUUAAUUUAAUUUUUUAUUCAGCAUUCCUUUCAGUAGGCAUAAGGUAUAGAUGAUGAGUUAUAUAGAGAUAGAAAAUUGUCAGGGCUUCAUGUAAAAUGUAUUUAACAUCUUGUUAUUUAGUAUAGUUUAGUUUCAUCUAGAUUGAAGUUUGUGGAGGACUUAGAUUGGUUUUAGGUUUUGAACUAAAACCGUAUUGGAGUCAUUGUCUAUCAAGUGAUUUCCAAAGUUUUCUUUACCUUCAUAAGGCUUUGCUAUUUUGUUUUGAUCCUUUCAAGUUCCCAGAGACCUCUUGGUGUUGGCUUGCAGCUGUUCUUGAUCAUGAUUUUUGUAGAAUUUGAAAAUUGAGUAAUUUCUGCCAUCUCAUGUUUUUACACUGAACCCCAUGUGUUAUUGGUUGAAAAAUUUUUGUUUCCUUUUCUAUUGCAAGGGCAGUUAUUAGUUCAUUUUGGGUCAUUUGUAGAAAUAGAAGUGUUAUGUAUAUAUCUGUACAGUUUAUAUACAUGCCAUAUGUGAUGUUUUUGUACAGACUCCAGUAUCUUAGUCCUUGAUGCUCUCAACCAAGUUUGUUUCUAACUCAUGAAUGGUAGCCUUCAAAUAAAUUUUACUUUGACUUUUGAUUAUAUUCUGAAGUUGUAUUUCAUUUUGAAGUUAAGUGAAUACUAUGGCCAUAGUUCCAUUAUCUCCAUGUGUGCACAGUACACUAUUGGGAAGAAAUUUUUGCAGGUUUUGGUAAACUGUUAUGAAAAUUUCCCUCUAGAUUUAACUAUUUUGAUAUGGCUUUUUCUUUCUUUUUUGGAUGUUAUGUUGGUGGAGGUAAAGCACUUCAGUUAGUAUAUAGUCUUUCAACUCACUUUUGUUUAAAUGUUAAGCUCUUGAGAUGUCAGUUUAUCAUGAGUCUGAUAUUGCAAGUAAGUAGAAUUAAUGGAUAAUUGUACUAUAUAUAUUUUCCACUGAGUCUGUCAACAGUAAUUGUUCAUUUCAGUACCAUUAAAAUUUUGUUAACCAUGAUAUAUUGUAUCAACUUGAUCUUUUUGAAGCAUGAUCAGUUCCUCUUUUAUUUAGUUAUGGUUACUUUUAGUUAAAUGCAGUGAAGAAUUUUUAGAAUACAGCAAAUUUUGUGCUGCUGGCAACUUUAGGGAUUUGAGUUGAAAGCUUUUACAUUCCACGAAAUGGUAGAGUGGAAUUGCAAUGGACACACUGCCUAUUAGCCUAUGUAAGCUACAGGUUUACUAAGAAGUGCAAUUUAUUUAAAUCUGUUUAAUUGUUUAAGGAUAAGUUAUCCAGAUGCUGCAUCAAUAGGUGGAGGAUCCACUAAAAUAUACAUCAGUAGGUAAAUGGUUCCUUUGUAAAUGCAGUGUUGAAUUGGUUAGUCAAGUAAUUUUUGUUUCUUAACAUUCAGAAAAGUUUCUUUUACUGUUAAAGUGUUUCCCCAACAUUACUUAGAAGUUUUGUGGUAAGCUGCAAAUCAAAGAUUUGUGGUAAGCUCCAAAUCAAGAUUGCUGUUUUACAAGUUUUUAAAAUGAUCAAAGUUUGUAAUGUGUACCGAACACUUCCAGAUUACAAAGAAGGUCAAAAGUCGUCAUCACAUACCAUCAUCCUAAUGCCAGUAAUAAAAUUUUCUCUAUUAAUGAUUCUUAAAGUUUGAUAGAUGUUUAUUAAACCUUAUGAUUACUCUGGAUUUCUUAAACUUGCUACUUUGAGAGCAAGACAAAUUCUGUUCAUGAGUGUAUUCAUAAGCAUGUGUGCAGAUAUCGUCAGUAGUGAAUGUACAUGGUUUUCCAUUUGGUUAUUUUUUCCCUUCAUUGGUAAUGUAAAAGUAGAGAAGUUUAGAAAAAAAUUUCAGAAAAGUAAAGAUGUACAAAGCAAAGCAUAUGAAAAGUUGGUUGAAUGUCUAAAGUUCAGAAUUAUAACCAGUGAUUCAGGGAAAGGCUGUGAAAUUGAUAUACUCUACAUCAGUUGGUAAUAUUAGUAAAAUAUUGUAGCAUGUUAACACACUGCUAGUUAUUCUGCAAUUUGCAGUUUUCAAAGAUUAGGGAUAUCGUCAUUUAUCCAAAAGUUUAAAAAAUAAUGAAAUACAAUAUUGGCAUAAUUAUUGUGGAUUUGAUCAUUAUAUAAAUUUAUCCAUAAUUUAUUUAUGCUGAGAUGGAAAGAUUUAUAUUACUGUAUCAAAUGCCAUUAUAACCUGAGGUGGCAGAUGAUGAUUAUAAAUUUGAUGCAAAUGGAAAAGUUUGUGAUUAUUGGAUGCUUAUUAAUAGUUCUAUGGUAUGUAACACUGUUUCUAUUCAGUAACAUAGUGAUGCUUGUUAAUUUAUUAUCAUUGUAAAUGAUAAAGAGAAAAUAUAACUUGAGGUAUAUAGUAAAUGUCAAGUGCAAGAAGGAGGAAAUGUAACGCGAGAUAUUUAUUAAAAUUUCUAUUGGUAAAGUGCAGUCACCUUGGUUUCAUGGUUGUUGGACAUUGGUAAUACCUUGUUGUUGAUUUUGUAUGUGCAGUUGGUCAUAGCAGCAGCUCCUAGAAGGCUUGUUGCCCUUUGAUAAGAGAAAUAUUUCAUUAAUGAUAAUAGUUUAUGGACAGCAUUAGUGAAGCAGUAAUCAAGGCAAAUGACUCACUGGUUGCCAGCUUCUUAGUGAGUUAUUAUGGAAGGACUGGAUACCAGGAGUAUAUAAAUUUUGAAUAUAUUUGUAGUUCCAUUGAAAAGGAUGCAUGUGACAAGAUGGUUGUAUAACUGUAAUGUAAAUAUAUUUUUAAGCAGUAAAUAACACUUCCAAAAACAGUACUGUAAUAGGUUAAUUGUAUUUUCUCUUGUCUGGAACAUUAUUGAAGUACUGCAUUUGCAUAGGUUUUUGUGUGUGUCUAGUCUGUUUUGAUCUCAAGGUAUAAGAAGCAGUCUCAUUGCACAAUGUUUCAACAGUAAUCAAGACUUGUCUUUGCAGAAACUUGAGCACUAUUUGCAUAUUUUUAUCCUUUUCAAGAAUAGUCUGGACAGGUGGCGCAAGUUUUGUUUUUGGAUCACUACCUGCAGAUAUCAGUUUUGUCCUGAUCACACUAGUACCUUCUUGCACCCAUGCCUCCCACCCCCCUUCUUCUUCUUCCUCCGAUAAUCAAAACUGCUUUUAAAUACCCUUUCAAAAUUCUGUUUUUCUUUAUUACAUGUCUGUCAGGUUUGUAAAUUUUAUAGAUUUUGCCCAAAGCAUAAAAGUUUAGUACCAUUCAUUAAAGCAAUGUGGCUGUACCUCUGCCUGGAUUGUCUGAUCUGUUGGUGAAUUAAGAGAUUCCAAUAUCAAAGGUUUUGAAACUAUUUAUUGUAAAUUGUUUGUACUCCUGUUAUCCAUAUCUAUUAUAUUGUAUUGAAAUGCAUGGAUUAUGGACUUUUGGUAAAUCGGCUUAUUGUUUAAUUAAAAAUACUAAGCAUGACUGAUUUAUUACAGCAAUUGACUUGGUAUUUUUAUUUUUGGUAUAGCAACAUUCAGAAUAAACUAGGAAAUAGUUACCUUAUGUUCUUUGUAGAUUUGGGUUAUGGCAAAGCUGAAUUGCAGUCCCUUAAAGGAAUUAUAGUUGAAUAGUUUGACGUCUGCAUAGGUUGAAAGAAAGCCAAUAUAAUUUUGGGACUAAACCAUUUUUGUAGGGUUUGUUAAGGGCAAGGUUGAAUUACACAUACAAUACUUUAUUGAAUAAUAAUUAUCAGAUAGUUUUUUCAAGUAAUGAUUUGCUUAAUUUUUCUUCCAUGCUUCCUACUAAGUAAAGCAUAUGUAUUAAGUAUUGUAGAUGUCAAAAUCCCCCUUCCAAUUUGGGGGUUUGAAGUUGUAAAAUAGUAGUAAUAGUAUACUUCUAGAUUUUUAAGCACUAAAAACAACAGGGUUUCAUUAUAAAUUAAAUUGUAAAUUACAGUUAGGAAUUGGCUGAUUAUUUAAAUUUUAAAGAAUGAUAUUGGCACUGAUGUUCAUUAUUGUGGCACCUUGUUUCUCCAAAGUUAACUUGGUGAAUGUGUAAAAGGGGAUGCCAUGCUCAGUCGUGCAAAGCACUAUGUUACAGUGCUUUGAAUUAAUAAUGGUAUGUUACUGCUUUUGUUUAUAUGAAAAUCAGUAAGUUCAUAAUCUUGUCCUGUCUUGCAAGUUCAUGUAGCACAGCACAUUUGUUGUCCUAAUUAAGCUGCACUUUCCAGUUUUGCAUUCCAUAUUGUACUGGUGUUUUCAUUGUUUUGCACAUAGAGGAUUACAUUUUCAGUGAAGACAUGCAUACCAGAAUGCACAAUUUUCCAUGUUAUAUAAUUUUUAUAUAGAUAUGCAAUUACAGCGCAGUACUGUACUGUAUUUAGAAUACACAGUUUUGUGGGUUAUGCAUAUAACCAACCUGAAUAAGAGAAAAAAAAACUACGUAAAUUUG